UGUGUGUGUGUGUGUGUGUGUGAGAGAGGCAGGAGGAGGUGUGUUUGCCGUGCUCCUCCUCUCUCUCUCUCGCUCUCUCUCUCUCUCUCUCUCACUCCUUCACACAUCUGAGCAGCAGGUUUCAGAAUCAAACCUCCAACAACAACAACACACUCGCCCUCUCUGCUCCACUGCCUCCUCUCCACACACUGACUCAUGGAUCAUCACGUCCUCCUGCUGCUGUGGACCUGCAGCCUCCUGCCAGAUAUUCAGCUCUGUUUCAACUUUGACUCCAAGAACUUCAAGAUCUUCUCUGGUUCUAAAGAAACCCAGUUUGGAUACACAGUCCAGCAGCAUGAGGCCGGAGGACGCCAGUGGCUGCUGGUGGGAGCUCCCUCUGAAUCCACUGGGAGGCAGCAGACUGGUGACGUGUGGAGAUGUCCUCUGGACACCAGCAGCUCAGUGAACUGCAGCCGACUGCAGCUGGGGAAACUUUCUCUGGACAACGUGUCUGAGAGGAAAGACAAGAUGAGGCUGGGCAUGACGCUGACCUCCAACCCCAGAGACAGCAGCUUCGUGACCUGUGGACCGCUCUGGUCUCAUGAAUGUGGAAGUUCUCUGUACAGCACUGGGAUCUGCUCCAGAGUCGGUCGCAACUUCAGACUGUCCCACACCAUCACCCCCGCCCUGCAGAGGUGUGAGACGUUCAUGGACAUCGUGAUUGUUCUGGAUGGUUCUAACUCCAUCUACCCGUGGUACGAGGUGCAGGACUUCCUCAUCAACAUCCUGCACAAGUUCUACAUCGGCUCAGGUCAGACGCAGGUCGGUGUGGUUCAGUACGGCUCUGCAGUGGUCCAUGAGUUCAGUCUGGGUGAGUACCAGACGGUGGAGGAGGUGGUGGAGGCCGCCAGAAGCAUCGACCAGCGGGGCGGAGAGGAGACCAGGACGGCGCUGGGCAUUAACGUGGCGAGGUCAGAGGCGUUCAAACGUGGCGGCCGGCCCGGCGCUCAGAAGGUGAUGAUCGUGAUCACAGACGGUGAAUCUCAUGACAGUCCUCAUCUGGUUCAGGCCGUCGGCGACAGUGAGAGAGACAACAUCACCAUGUACGCCAUCGCUGUUCUGGGUUAUUACAACCGUCGGGGAAUCAACCCUGAAGCCUUUCUGAAGGAGAUCAAGUUCAUCGCCAGCGACCCGGACGAGAAACACUUCUUCAACGUGACGGACGAGUCGGCGCUGAAAGACAUCGUGGACGCUCUGGGAGAAAGGAUCUUCUCUCUGGAAGGAACCAGCAGUCAGGGUCGGGGGUUCGGUCUCCAGAUGGCUCAGGCUGGUUUCUCCUCACAUCUCGUUAGAGACGGCGUUCUGCUCGGGGCGGUCGGCGCCUACGACUGGACCGGUGCCGUGCUGAAAGAAACUAAACACGGGAAAGUUGUUCCUCCGAAAUCCUCGUAUCGGGAGGAGUUUCCAGAGGAGCUGAAGAACCACGGAGCCUAUCUGGGUUACUCAGUGGGGUCACUGGUUUCGGCUCGGGGCUCCCAGCUCUACGUGUCCGGAGCGCCAAGGUUCAACCACACCGGCAAGGUCAUCAUCUUCACGCUGAAGAACACGGGAAACCUGACCAUCCUGCAUGGCCUGCUGGGAGAGCAGAUCGGGUCGUAUUUCGGCAGCGAGUUGUUAUCGAUGGACGUGGAUGGAGACGGACAUACUGAUGUCCUCCUGGUGGCAGCUCCCAUGUACUACAGCCAGGGUUGGGAGAGAGGGAAGGUUUACAUCUACUCUGUUACACCUCAGACAUCAUUUGUCCUGCAGGGGGCGCUGGAGAUAUCUGACUGCUCUCAGAACUCCCGUCUGGGUUCGGCGCUGGCCCAGAUACCUGACAUGAACGGAGACGGAUUUAAGGAGCUGGUGGUGGGCGCUCCACUGGAGGACGACCACAAGGGGGCAGUCUACGUGUUCUACGGCCAGGAUAAAAGCCUCCAGCGGCAGCACAGACAGCGUCUCCCUGCAGCCGGACUCUCUGCCGGGCUGAGGUACUUCGGACAGAGUCUCCACGGGGUUCUGGAUGUGAACUCAGACGGACUGGUCGACCUCGCGGUGGGAGCGCUGGGAGCUGCCGUCAUCAUCUGGUCUCGUGGUGUGAUCAGGAUUCAGGCCAAACUGACCUUUGAACCCGAGAAGGUGAACAUCUUCAACAAGGACUGUCGUAGAGGAGGGAAGGAGGUGACCUGCAUGUCUGUGAAGGUCUGUCUGAGUCUGGAGCCCCGGACCCAGACCAGCACCAGGACUGAUGUCGCUGUUUGGUUCAGCCUGGUUUUGGACGAGAGACGAUUUCCUUCUCGGGUCGUUCUGGACGAAUCGGACCGACAGCAGCCCAGGAGCCUCGUUCUCCAGAGCGGAGGUCAGAGCUGCCAACGCCUCGGCUUCUCCGUCCAGGAAACAGCAGAUUACGGACGUCCCAUCGCGGUGGUCCUGGAGACGGGGAUGCAGAACCCAGACAAGGGGCCGGUGCUGGAUCCUGAUUGGCCGAGCGUCCUGAGGGCCGAGCUUCCUUUCUGGAACGGCUGUGAGCUGGAGGACACCUGUGUCCCAGACCUGGUGCUGCACAGUCACACUGACCUGCUGGACGCUCAGCAGUUCUGCGGCUCCAGGGAACGAGCAGCGUGGUCGCUCUGUGGCCUCCAGGGGGCGACAGCGGGGUCGGUGUUCGUGGUGGAGUCUGUGCGGAGGAGGAUGCUGGUGUUCGCUCGAUUGGAGAACCAGGGAGAGAACGCAUACGGAGCCUCCAUCCACAUCUCCACCUCCUCCAACCUGCUCUUCUCCAGCCUCAUCGUCAAGGACCAAUCAGAUAUUCAGAUUGAGUGCCACACGGAGGACAGCCUGGCCAAUCAGAGGUUCUGUAACAUCAGCGCUCCGUUCAUGAAAUCCUUGUCCCAGGUUUCUUUCCAUCUGGAGUUCCAGCUCAGCCGCUCCGUCUUCCUGGACCAUGUGAGGGUCGUGAUGGAAACCACCAGUGAGGGUCAGGAGGGAAAUCCAGACGACAACACCAACCACAUCUUCCUGCCUCUGAAAUACCAGACGGAUCUGCUCUUCACCAGAGACCCUAACCCUCCUCGGUUUGAAAUGAAAUCCUCUUCCUCCUCUUCAUCCUGGGACCAGCCGGACGGCAGCUCCUCCACCUUCAACCUCACUUACUACAUCCAGAACCUGGGAAUCUUCUCCGUGAACAACGUCCUGUUCAGGGCGGAGGUCUGGGCUGUGACCCUGAAGGGCAACCAGCUGGUGAACAUCACCGACUACAGCAUCAACCAGGUUCCAGGCUGUCACUGCACGCUGCCUCAGCUCAGGAACACCCAGGUCACAGCCGAGGACCUGUCUCCACUCUCACAGCUGAACCACAGUAACAGUGUGAACAUGGUGGUCCAGUGUGGACUGAACCUGCCGACCUCCAGGGAGGUGAAGGUGACCCUCAGAGGACGUCUCCAGCUUCCUGCUCUUCUCGCUGUGAGCUUCAGGUCUCUGGAGCUUCUGACGUCUGCGUCCGUCCAGCUGGAAGCGUCCAGUCCCAUGUUCCUCCAGGAGGACAGACCUGUGAGACAGAUUCUCCUGGAGCUGAGGAAGGAGGACGACUCCACCGUCCCCGUCUGGAUCAUCCUGGGGAGCUCACUGGGAGGCCUGCUGCUGCUGGCCCUACUGGUCCUGGCCCUGUGGAAGCUCGGAUUCUUCGACAGGCGGCGGCGACAGGAAGAGGAGGAGCAGCCGGUGGCCAAUGGGAAGGCAGCAGAGGAGCUGUAAAGUGUGGGCGAUGCUGAUGCAGCGUCCGGUCGAUCCUCGUUCUCUCAGAGAAGAUGUGGAUGAUACGAUCACCUGAACGCAUCACGAGCCUCCACCUGUCACUCAGGGACCCUGAUUGCCCCCCCCCCCCCCUUACAGUUGUCAAAAUGAAUCAGCCAAUCAGCUGCGGCGGUCGAUGUGGAGGAACGAGUCGAGGUUACCGUGAGAGUUCAGUGGCCCUGACGGACAGCUCCGCAGUUUGUGUGUCUGUUGUUGUGUGUUUUGUCCGUCGGGGCCGUAGUGUCGUGAUGAGACGUUUGUGUUAGCAUAGAAUUAUUUUAAUGGGAAUUAAAACAGAAAUUUGUAGAAUAACAAAUAAGUUUCAGUAGAUCACCUCAAAGUGGAGCUGCUGCACAGACAGACUGAACGUCUCAUAUUCACCAACUCACCUGACUCAGACUGAGGUUAUCACUUUAUUAUAAAUGACCCUAAUAAUCUAAACUCCGUGUGUCUCUGACUCGUCUCUGAUUGGCUGAGUCGAGCUGCUGCUAACGUCUGCUCAAACCAGAGUAAAAAGCAACAAGAUCUAAUGUGUGACGCCACCAACAGGCGACUGCAUGAAACUUCACCUUGAUCACAUCUCUGAGAUAAAGGUCUGAAGACUUGAAUGAGACUGAACCUUUAAACAGUGAAACACAUAGAAUCAUUUUACAGAAUCAACUUCGUCGGGAUAGAAUCAAAUUAAUAAAUAAAUAAGUUCAUAUGAAUAAAAGUCAAACGUUUACUGAUCUACCUACGACAGCUGAGUGUUUUCUCCUUUUUUAAUACUAAUGGAAAACGUAGUUUAUGUUACGAUCACGUAUUGUAUAUUAUUUCCAACUUCAUAGCUGAUGCACUUUUCUUGUAUAAAGUGAGACUUGAAGUCUUUGUAAAUAACCUGUUUGACUCAUGAUAUUAAGGAUAGUGGCAUUAGUGUUGGACACGUUCAUGUGUUUCACAUGCGUUCCAUCUGUUUAUCAUUUGGUAAAUAAAGAAAUAAAUGUUGAA